GGGGUGAAUAUCGAUGAAAUUGGAGGCGGUAUUGAAGCCCUCACCCGUUUUCAGAAUUAUUUAAAAGACUACAAGAUAACUGUUUUUCAUGGUGACGAUGUGAAUGGCAGAAUACUUUAUUUCAGAGGAAAGACCACAGCCCAGAAGUAUAUAAACUUGUACUACUUAAAUGAACAUUAUAAUGUGAUAACCACUUUGAAAGGGGCUUUUGGGUUUGACUUCUUUUGCUACGCAUGUGGUAAAGGCUAUCACCAUAAGGGUGAACACCCAAAUUGUAUAAAUGCUUGCAGCCAAUGCUUGAAAGAGCCGAAAUGUAAGUUCAAAUCAGUGGACCAAAUUAAAACGUGCAAAGAUUGCAAUCGGAAAUUUCUUGAUCAAAUAUGCUAUGAUAAACAUAAGGUUCCAGGCCAUUUUGAGAAGAACAAAAGUGUAUGUGAAGGCUUGAAAUUUUGUAAGAGCUGUGAAAAGUUAUAUUCUGUUAGAAGGCAAAAAAACCAGCAACACAAAUGUGACUCUCAUGUCUGUGAAAACUGCGAUAAAUUGGUGCCUUAUGAUCACGUAUGUUUUAUCAAGCCUAUGAAGAAAAUGAACAAAAGAAGCGAUGAUUUAUAUGUUUUCUUUGAUUUCGAAGCAAGGGUAGAAGAAGAGCCAUGGAUUGUCACCCCUAAGUAUACAGCUCGCCGUCACAUACCAAAUUUUGCUGUGCUACAGAUGAAUUGUAUGCGCUGUAUUAACAAUGAAAAUGAUGACAUAACGAUAGAUUGUAGCCAUUGUGGGCAGCGUCAGUAUGUGAUUGAAAACAAAGAAGGAGAUGAAUUGCUAGAAGAAUUUUUCGAUAUUAUUCGUAAUAAAACACCCAAAUUCAAAAAAACAUAUGUGUAUGCUCACAAUGGAGGUGGCUAUGAUUAUAUUUUCCUAAUAGAAUUCAUGGUUCGAAAACUAAAUUGGGUACCUACCUUGACUAUGAAUGGUUCAAAACUGAUAAUGAUGAAACAUAAACAAAUUGAAUUCAAAGAUAGCCUAAACUUUUUCCAUACCAGGCUGGCUGCUCUACCGGAUAUGUUUGGUAUUGAAGAUGCAGAGAAGGGGUAUUUCCCCCAUUAUUUCAACACUUUACCGAAUCAAAACUACUGUGGCUCUAUCCCUGAAGCAAAAUAUUACGGUAUGGAUGAAAUGGGUCUUAAAGAAAGGAAAAAAUUCGAAGAAUGGUACAAUGAUCAGAAAUCCAAGAAUGUGACAUUCAAUUUUCAAGAAGAGAUCCAAAAGUACUGCAUUGCAGAUGUAAAUGUACUACGAAAAUCUUGUAUAAAGUUUCGAAAACUAUUCUACGAUUUAAUGGGGAUAGACCCUCUAGCAGCAACAUCAACAAUAGCCAGUGCCUGCAUGACUGCUUACAGAACAAAUUUCAUACCGCCAAAUACCAUCCCUUUGAUGACUUUUCCAUCAUAUCGAAUGAGGGACAAUCAAUCAAUGUUGGCAGUUCGAUAUUUGAAGUACUUUGAAGAUAUGCAUGGUGUUCAAUUAGAAUCUGCUUACCGUGGAUGGGAAAAGCAAAUUGGCAAAUAUAAGGUUGAUGGCUAUCAUCCGUCAUUUCCUAUGGAAAAAUUAGGUCCAGUUCCUGAAGAUAUGCCAAGUGUAAGACCAUUGAUUAUCGAAAUUAACGGAUGCUAUUAUCACGGAUGCCCAAAAUGUUUUGCCAAUCGAACAACAGCUGUUAAAUCGAAAGAUAGUAAAGAAUAUGUCAACAUGGACAUGCGAUAUAAGAAUACACUGAAAAAAUUAGAACAUCUUCUUUCUCUGCCUGAAGCGCCUUAUGUUAUCACUAAAUGGGAAUGUGAGAUCUAUAAUGAAUGCAGAAGUAAUCCUACUCUGAAGCAUUAUAUGACAAAUGUCCAAAUUCCAACCCCGAUAUACUCCAACCGUGAACCAUUCUUCGGUGGCAGGACAGAAAACUUUUAUUGGUACUAUAGAGUGGACCCUGAAAAAAACGAAAAAAUUCGCUAUCUAGAUGUGAAUUCUCUCUAUCCUUACGUUAACAAGUAUGGAUGUUAUCCUAUAGGACAUCCAAAAAUUUUGCUUGGCAAUGAUAUUCCCCCAAAUUUGAAUAAUAUUACAGGAAUUGCAAAAGUUAGGCUUCUUCCACCAAAACAGCUAUAUCUACCUGUUUUACCAGUUAAAGUGAACAAUAAAUUGGUAUUUGCACUUUGUAGAACAUGUGCCUCUGAAGAAAAUAAAUUUGUAUGUAACCAUUCCGAUAAUGAAAGAGAAAUUAUGGGUACCUAUACAUGUAUUGAACUAAAUAAAGCGGUAGAAAAAGGAUACCAAAUCAAAGAGAUCUAUGAAGUUUGGGCUUAUAAAUCCACAAAAUAUAACAUUCAAACCAAUUCAGGCGGCUUAUUUGCAAACUAUAUAAAUACGUUCUUGAAGAUAAAACAAGAAGCCUCAGGGUUUCCACCUCAUGUCCAGUCAGAUGACGACAAAAGAAAAUUUAUUGAAGAAAUGAAACUUCGAGAAGGCGUAACCCUAGAUCUGGAGAAAAUUGAACCUAAUCCAGGCCUAAGAUCUCUGAGCAAACUCUGCCUAAAUAGGUAAGAUGCUGGCUACCUAUCCUUCAAUGUAACAUAUAAAUUUCUCAAAAGUACAUCAUAUCAACAUUGGCAUGGUUUUUGUUUAUUUUUCAGUCUCUGGGGAAAAUUUGGGCAGAGGAACAAUCAAAGGCAGGUGAAAGUCAUAAAGGAUGGACCCGAAUUCUUCGAAUACUUUUCAAACCCAGCAAUAAGACAUAACAGAUACAACUUUUGUUACUGAUGAUUUAGUUUAUGUCCACUGGGAAUACCUUGAAGAAACAGCCAUUGAUACACCCUUUAUCAAUCCAGUACUCAGCGCUCAUGUAACUGCCGAAGCCAGGCUGGUCCUGUAUAGUUAUUUGGAAAAAUUACAAGAUAGAGUACUCUACUGUGAUACAGAUUCAAUUAUCUAUAUUGAAAGACCAGGAGAUGAGCAAAUAGAGACAGGACCUUACUUAGGUCAGAUGGGAAACGAGUUGGAAAAAGAGGGUGAAGGAGCCUAUAUAACAGAAUUCAUUUCUGGAGGUCCAAAGAAUUAUGCCUAUUGCAUAAAAACAGGGAAAGGUGAGCUCAAACAUGUGGUGAAGAUUCGGGGUUUCACCCUGAAUUAUAAUACCCUUCAGAGCCUGAAUUAUGAAGCACUGAAAAAUUUUGUCCUCUCACAAACCUCCACUAAUCGACCACAGAAAAUAAAGGUUGAAUAUAAAAACCAAAUUCAAAGGAAGAGACCUUUUCAUGUGGUAACACAAGAAAUGUCAAAAGAAUAUGGUGAAGUUGCCCCAAAAAGGAGGAGAAUUGAAUCUUUCCGUAGUUUGCCCUAUGGUUAUGUGGACUUAAAUGCUUAAACGAUUUACCAGAUAAUAUCUUGGAAAAAAUAUUGGAUAGUGUAUAUUGGAAGCAAUACUACACAACGCUACCCUACGUCAGUCAACGAUUGCAAAAGUCUUGCAUUGAAAGAAUUUUCAAAAUCAUGCAUCCCAAAACUAAGGCAUCAAAGGAUCACACUUUGGUUGUUGACAAUUAUAAAAAUUGGAGAAAUGGAAGAAACGGCGAGAUUAUCAUUGAUAGAUUCCGCAGAGGACUUAUUCCAUGUAAUUGUUUGAGUGCACAGGGUUGUAAAAAAGAAGUACGAUACAUCAAGAGAUAUGUCAUCGAGCUAAAGGCAGACUAAUUACUAGAGACUAAGGAUACUUUUCGGCAUCGUGUGCUGUCGAGUGCUUUCGGCUACGCUCGUUUGACUUGUCUCCAUGAAAAUGAAAUAUUCUCCUUAUCAAAGAUGAAACUCCUGUUUCCUUUUUGUUCAAAUCUUUCUUUUUCAUAAUCAUAUUAUUUCAUACGAAUAUUGUACGUAUUUUAAUGAUAAAACUCGUGUUAGUCCUGUUUCUUUUGAAUUUUAA